GCUCCUGGCCACGCCCCCAGACACGCCUCCAAACACACGCACUCAGUUUAUCAGGUGGUGCGUGAGAAAGAACUUUUCAUGUGUCCUGCCUCGAGACCGAGCUUACUCACUCACUCACAGAUCCCACGUUCACACACGAUGAAGGAUGCUUUUGUUUAACUGUAUUUCACACGCAUUCACAAUAACGGACAGAUGUUCUAGAGGGGUAAAACUCUUGGAUUUCAUUUGGGGGAGUAACGCUGAAACAAUCACAGACAGACGGGCAGCUGUUGCAGUGACUCAGUAUCAUGGAGGCGUGCAGCGGGACUGCAGCAGCGACACACAGCAGAGCUCCAACACCUCUGAGAGACGCAUGCAGUCAUGAUCCCUGUGAAAGGCCCCACCCAGAGGAGGAUGAGGGGGAGGAAGAUAGGAGCUUGCAGCCAGCAGAGACUGCAGGCUGGGAGGACGCCAUUGCUGUUAUGGCACGAGGAGCGCCGAUGGUCCAUGAACUGCAUGCAGAGUCUUCUCUGCGCUCAUGUACCAGUACGGCCAGCAUGAAGGUCAAGAACGUCAAAAAACUGUCCCUCACCAAAGGCCAUUUUCCCAGGCUGGCAGAAUGUGCCCACUUCCACUAUGAGAUUGUUGACUUUGGCUCCGUGCAGUUGUCUUUAUCUGAGGAUCAGAACGAUCUCACACACAAUGGCCUGGACUCAAAGGAGUUAGUGUAUCUGGUCCAGAUAUGUUGCCAGGGUCGUAAGUGGAUAGUGAGGCGUACAUAUGAAGAGUUUCGUGUUCUUGACAAGCACCUCCACCUCUGUAUCUAUGAUAGAAGAUUCUCUCAGCUCCCUGAACUGCCCCGAAUAGACAGCCUGAAGGACAAGGCAGUGACACUUUCCCAGAUGAUUACUGCGUACAUUUCCCGUCUCUCAGCCAUCGCUGAUAACAAGAUCAACUGUGGGCCAGCACUCACAUGGAUGGAGAUUGAUAACAAAGGAAACCACCUGCUGGUUCACGAUGAAUCAUCUAUUAACGUUCCCGCUGUAGCUGCGGCCCAUGUCAUAAAGCGUUACAUCGCCCAAGCAGCAGAUGAACUCUCUUUUGAGGUUGGAGACAUAGUAUCAGUUAUUGAUAUGCCUCCUAAAGAAGACACUGGCUGGUGGAGGGGAAAACAUGGUUUUCAAGUGGGAUUCUUUCCAUCUGAAUGUGUGGAACUAAUUAGUGAGAAAAUCCCUUCAAAUGUAACCAGCUCAUUGGCCAAACCAGUGUCUAAGAAGCAUGGCAAGCUGAUCACAUUUCUGCGCACAUUCAUGAAGUCACGUCCCACCAAGCAGAAGCUGAAACAGCGAGGUAUCCUGAAAGAGAGAGUGUUCGGCUGUGACCUCGGAGAACAUUUGCUUAACUCAGGCCAUGAUGUUCCACAGGUCAUCAGAAGCUGCACUGAGUUCAUUGAGAGGCAUGGAGUCGUGGAUGGAAUUUACCGCUUGUCUGGAAUUUCCUCUAACAUUCAGAAACUGAGGCACGAGUUUGACUCGGAGCAUGUUCCAGAUCUCACAAAGGACACCUACGUCCAGGACAUUCAUUCGGUGGGAUCGCUGUGCAAACUUUACUUCCGCGAGCUUCCCAACCCACUGCUGACCUACCAGCUAUAUGAGAAAUUUUCAGAUGCUGUAUCGGCAGCCACUGAUGAGGAGAGGCUGGUCAAAGUCCAUGACGUCAUACAGCAGCUGCCUCCCCCACACUACAGGACUCUUGAGUUUCUCAUGAGACAUUUAUCCCGAAUGGGAACAUACAGUGCCGUCACCAACAUGCACUGCAAGAACCUUGCAAUUGUCUGGGCUCCAAAUCUUCUCAGGUCUAAACAGAUUGAGUCAGCGUGUUUCAGCGGCACCUCUGCUUUCAUGGAAGUGCGCGUUCAGUCGGUUGUUGUGGAGUUCAUCCUUAAUCACGUCGAUGUUUUGUUCAGCCCCAAACUCAGCACUCUGAUCCGCCACAGCACAGGCCACACCACUUUAGCUCGACCCAAGUCACUAAUGGUGAGCUCUCCAUCCACCAAGCUGCUUUCUCUGGAGGAAGCCCAGGCCCGGACUCAAGCCCAGCUUAUCUCUCCUGUGUCUCCUGACAGCAAGUAUAUCGAUGUGGGAGAGGGGCCCGCCGCCCUGCAGGGCAAGUUCCACACCGUCAUAGACUUCCCUUCUGAGAGGAAGAAGGGCUCAACCAAGGCAAAGAAAUCUCCCGUGGGAAACUGGCUUUCCUUCUUUAAUAUGGGAAAGUCGUCUACUACUGCCAAGCCCAAACUGCACCGCCAUCCCAGUGAGCCUAAUGAGAUGAAAACCACACCCCUUCCAGGUGGAAGAGGAGACACUGGAACACUAAGAUCUGCUAAAAGUGAAGAAUCUCUGUCCUCUUCACAUAACUAUGAGGGAGGAUCAAAUAUCUAUCGUCCACGUAGGCCGCUCUCCACCAGUGAUGCUUUGUCAAUCUCCUUUAAUGAGGAUCUGCUGGAGAGCAGAUUGACUGGAGACUCCCGGUCCAGUCUCAAAGACCACAAGAAGGACACUGUUUCCUCUUCCUCUUGUGUGCCAGCUCUUAUAUCUCCACCCCACGCUACAGCAGAAGCUGAGUUUAUAAGCAUAGCCUCCUUAGACAUAGACCCGCUGGCCUUUCAGUCUACGCAGCUGGUUGAUCCCACAGUACCUGACAGGAAGAAAAGAGGCAGUCGCAAGAAGGCGGGAGGUAGCCUCAUUGAGUCAGAGACUUCAGACAAAGUCACAAGUCCCUCCCAGCCACCUGAUCUCAUCCCACUGCACUCAGAAGAUGCAAAUCACAAACCCUCUGAAGUGCCAGCCGCCUCCACUAAACUGGAAGUGGGCACCUCUAAGACUGGCCAAGAGGGUACAGCAAAGAGCUCAGUAGCAAAGAGUAGUACUGUGUCCUGUCCUUCUGACAUUAUGUCCCUUGUGAAAAAGCCCAGUGUGUCCACCAGAGGUGGUGAAGGCCAUCAGCGUUCUGCGAGUUUUUGCAAAGCAGAAAAUAAAUCCGCAGAUGUCAAGGAGCACAGAAGAGCAGACUCAGGUGCAGUGACAUUUGAAUGUACGCCUGGUUUGGUGAGGUCUGUUUCUCUCAUAACUCCCCAGCCUUCAGUAAAGAGUGCUGCCCGAAUGCUAGCUCUAGCGCUAGCAGAAUCUGCCCAGCAGGCCACUCGACUCGGCAAACGUGGGAGCUCUGAACCUCCCACACCUAUUUCUCCAGUUCAUCAUCAGAACCCACUUUUCACACUCCAGUUUCCUCCUCCUCUACAGACAUCCUCUGAUAGAGAGGAACGGUAUGUGUCUAGCAGGACUUUCCCAGAUCCAUCAAGCACUAUGUCUACUGAGAGCCACACCGAUGCAGGCAGCCUACGCAGCACCUGCGCCUGCCAUGGCAGUGAGAGCGGACUCAGCUUCUCUGAUGGCUGUGAUGCACCAGCUGGUGGCCAGUGCACCCAUGUGCCCUCUCAGGGUUUCUCUCCUCGCAGAGAUCCAGAGAUUCAGCUGGCUCCAGAGAGCCAGACAACUAUGAGAGAUAACAUCCGCCAUGUUGGAGUUGGUACAGAUGGAGGUGGAUCAAGCCUUGAUGCUGAGAUGGAGGUAGGUGGAAGUUUACAGCCAACUCUUUCAGAGAGAUUUUCUUCCUUGGAUAGUAAAUCAGCCAUUGAUGCACUGCACAACAAGCAGGCUGCUAAUGCCACCAACUUCCGAGCCAUAUUGGCGGAAACAGCCAUGCCUGCUUCAGUGCAUGAAGUUCUUCCACAAGCUUCAAGCACUCCACCAAGUGUAGUGUAUCAGUACAAACCCAAAGACCAAAGGUCUGCUUACUCUCAACACUGGUCAAGUCCAGUCGGGCAAAGUACCCCUUAUUAUCAGCCUGACGAUGGGCGUCCCCAUCCCAGAGUUCUUUCAAGAAAUUAUUGCAAUACCCUUGCACCACGAUCCCUACACCAGUCCAUUAAAUAUAAAGGUCAACGGGAAGACUACUCCUCAGUUGGUCUCUAUAGACAUGGAGGACCAAGGUAUCCGCCAUUGGAUGGAGCCUCCGUCUACCCCACUAUCCGCAGGGUACGUUCAAUGCACACUCCACCAGAGGACAAGUUUUUCUUCCUCCAGAAUCAAGGCAGCCAGAGGAAACCUUACCAAAAACCACCCGCAUCGGACAUCCAGCAAGUGCGGCCUUACUUUGAAGAUGGGAAGGUUCGGUAUAGGUACAGCCCCUAUUCAGAGGCUCGAUACAAUCAAUAUCGAGAGGACAGUCAUGGAUACACUCUCUCCUACACACUCAGCAAACUGCCUUCUCGUUCAUCAAAGGUUAUGGGCAGUACAGAGUAUUACCACAAGCCUCUACGCAACCUCCCGGUGAACAAUGAGUCAGAUUUCAUGACCAGAGACGUCGGUCUCCAGCCAAGAAUGAAGAACCCUUCUCUCUACGGGGCUUUUAAUUCAGGUUUAUCUGAUCGACAUUCCAUUAGGCAGGAAAACGCAGCCAAGGAGAGGUUGUCGGGUCCAGUUCUGUCCCAGCCCCAUCUUGUAAGAGGCGACCGUCAGUGCCAAGAAACAAUGCACACUAGGAGCAGGUCAAACUCUGGGAAGGAGAUGCUGAUUUCAACUGAAGGUGCUGAUGGGAAGUACAGGGUGACCAUGGUGUCCCAUUACUCCCCAGAGCACCCACUUUCUGAGCCUGAUAUGCCUGUGCCCUCGAAGUCAGACAGGCAUGGUAGUGGGCAGGGAUCUAAGUCAGCUCUUACAAUGAAGCAGAGUCGAUCAAUGCACAACUAUCCUCAACACAGGCUCGAGUCCGCAGCACUGCCACGUAACCUGACCCUACAUAAGGAGUACAGCUGCCCUGACUUUAAACACUCUGGGCCCAGCGAUAGCUUCGGUGUCGCACACCGCAACCAAGACAGGCUGAUGUAUAAGACUCUCAGCAACUCCAAAGAGGACUACCAAUACAUUCGAGCAAUGAGCAGGGACCCUCAGAGGUCUAAGAGAUCGCAGAGUGUAAAAACUCGCCAUCCAAAUGGUCAAGCGAAAAUUACUCUGGAGCGGGACCACAGACUUGCGUUCUCUUCCCAGAGUAGGACAAGAACUCGUAGCAUGUUUGUGCCAUCUGACUAUUCUGAAAGUUAUGUAUCUAUACAUCCGAAAGUCCCUAAGAACAGCCGAGCAAGUUCUGGUGUUUUCCCGAACUACGGCUGCAUGCCGCUUCAUAGUAACAGACUGUAUUCCACAGCUGUGGGCCACGCAGGUUUUCACAAGACAGAGCUCAGGCCUGAGAUGCAGAUUUAUGCUGAAUGACAGAUUUCUAAAAAAUAAUAAUAAAUUAUUAUCCAGAAAUAUACAACCUCUGCAGGGCAGUGGUUUUCUAUUGCUAAUCAGAUUAAAAUAAAUAUUUAAAAAAGUUUAAUUGUUCACUGAAGGGUGUCUUUCACUGUAUACUCUAUAUAUUACAGUUUAAAUGGCUUAAGCAAACACUGCGUAAAUUUGGGAUAUCACUCAUACAUUAUGGUAAUGGGUUAUCGUGGCUUUAUUGCUACUUUGAUUUGAUGAAGUGUGUUGUUAAUUUUGUCAUUUUGUUACUAGAGGUUGCAAAAAUAAUCAAAAUAUGGUCUUUAAUAAAAAGAAAAAUUAACAAAGGCUUUCAAAGUUUGCCACAGUAGCAAUAUAUAGGAGCCACUGCCUUGUGUUUUUGGGUGAAGAGUAGUUUUUUUGAUGUACCAUCGCUGUGGAAUCAAACACAGUUAUAUAUGUCAAUGACAUCAGCGUAUAUGAUCUGAGAUAAUAACUAUGAAAGGUCAUAGUCUCCCCCAUCCCCCAGAAGUUUUUUCCCUCUGAAUUUUAUAAUCAUGCACUUUAUAGUUGGUCUGUGUGUUAUGUAACAACAGGCGCUUUAGACAUGAUCCUUUUUCACUUUUUUGAUUGUCAACAUUGAGUUAAAGAUGUGAGUGAGCUUUCAUUUGAAUGGUAGUAAUCAUUACAUGGUUACAUACAUAUAUGCUGUUCUUAUCAACUGCUGUUUUAGUUUUUAACAAGUGUACUGUUCUUUUUUUCUUUUCUUUUUUUAAGUUGAUUAUAUUAUUAUUUUUUUUAAUGUAUUCACUUUGCUUUACUCUCAUUAAAGUUAUUUAUUCAAAAUCA